AAAGCAGCAACUGCUGAAGGGGCCAGAGACCAUCUACCUGUGUGAGUUUCUGCAAGACCUGCUCCCUGCAUUUCUGGCUGAUUUCCACCUGGCCUGGAAGGGUGGGGCCCUGUCUCUCUCCAGCUACAAAAGCAGCAACUGCUGAAGGGGCCAGAGACCAUCUACCUGUCUAAGUUCCAUCUGAGGGGCAAAGAAGAUGAACCAGCUUGACCAAAUGCAUGAUAUGGAGGCCUGUGGCAUUUCAGAAGAGAACCUCAGCCUUGAGUUGUCUUUUGUGGAUGAGGAGAAUGAAGAAGAAACAGGCGCAGCUGACCAACUCAUGGAAGAGAAAGAAAGCUGGAAAGGACCCGAGCUUGAAGACGAUUUCGAGGUGGGGGAGGAGGAGGUGGCCCACAGAGACAGUAAAGAGGCUUUGGAAGGAGCUGGAGAGGAUUUGGAUUCGGGCAGAAGGGAAAGCUCCGAACGACCAAUGACCCCCAGGAGCAGAAGGACUAUGAACUACGUAGACAGGGUUCGUGUCCUCAACUUGCGGCGGAACCUGAACCAGCUCGACAACCUAGCCAAAGAGAAGGAGGCGGUGAUUCGCAAGACCAGGGAGGAACUGAACGCCUGCCAUGUCCGGAUUGAGGCUCUAACGACCCAACAAAGGGAUGUCAAGAGUGGAAUCGAGAGCGAGAAGGAGUCUGGGAACACUGCCGCCGUCUUCCGCCUACAAGCACUGCAUCGGCGCUUGUGUGCUGAACUGGGAAAUGAAAAGGACCUUGAGUCAAAAAUUACCGAGAUGCUGAACGAAAACGUGCUCGAGAUGUGGAAGAUUGAAAUUGAGCAAGGUAAUUUUUCGGAGCUCCGCAAGCAGAUCAGGAAGGAUGAAGAAGAACUGGACCAGCAACGCCAAGAGCAGGCGGCCGAACGGCUCCAGAAGCAGAAAGGCCGAGCUCAGCAGCUGAGCCGGAGGUGGCUGGCCAUGGAGAGAAAAAUACAGGAAACCAAGGAAGAUUAUGAGCAGCGUCUUUCCAAAGCAUUGGAAGAUGCUCAGAGGAACCACGAAAGAGCAGUCCAGUUUCUGAAGAACAGUCUGGGAAGAGUCCGUGAGAAAGAAGCAAGCGAGGAACAGAAACGCCAGGAAUUCAUGCACAAGAGGAUGGAGACAGUGUUGUCCCUGAAGAGCAGCAUCUCUUCCAAUCGGGAAAAGCUCCGAACCCUCCAGGCCCGGAAAAAAGCUGAUGCUUGUGAUGCUCAAGAGCAGGACCAGAAGAUGAAGGAGGCCAUUCAGGCGCAGGGCCACAAUGUCACCCGGGAGGCUUUUCUCUUUAAACGACAGGGCGAGUUUGAGAGGCGGAAGAAGGAAUUUAUGGAGCAGCAGAAAGCAAGAAAAAUGGAGAUUGUCACUCGGAUUUUGAAAGAAGAAGCUCAGCUGGAGAGAGUGAGAAAGCAGUCGCACCCGCGGAUCCCGAAGAGACAGGAUAAGCUUUCCGAUGCCACCAAAUGGCGCAUGAAAACUUGGCGCUACAUAGAGAGAGCGUGUGAUGAUUCGGUGGCAGUUGUUACGCAGAAAUCUUGGCGCUCUCCUUCCCCUUGCGCCUCGCUUGAUGACAGAAACUUCAUGUUGGAAGCAUCCCGAGAGACGGUCCCAGAAAGCAAAGACCAGGAGGAAAAGGAGGAAGAGGAGAAUGAUGAGGACGAGACUCUAGCUGAGCCAGAGUUUGUGGGGAUUUGGAACCAAGAGUGCAACUUAUCCAAGAUGAUAGACAAUGGAAUAGACUCCAAACCCCUUGGUGCAUCUAAACUGGAAAAGGAGAUUUUUUCUCAAAACUUGGAAAAGCUGCAUAGCAGUAUCAUUCACAAACAUAAGGUCUGCGGACGUGAAUUUAAGGGGUGCCCUUUCUAUAGCAAGCCGAGCCUCAUUCAUUUCAAGGAUUUUGACAUUGGUAAAACCUAUAAAAAGAAGAUGGUUUUGAUCAAUGCUUUCUACAGCAUCAACUACUGCAAGCUGGUCGGAGUCAGCGAACACCUCAAGAAUUUCAUCACAGUCCUCUUUGAUCCUCCUGGUCCCAUGUCUGCCGGAAUGUCUUGUGAAGUCGGGGUGACCUUUAAACCAAUGAUAAAUGAAGAUCUUGAAGGAGAGGUCACAUUUUUAUCUCAGAUUGGUUCCUUCGCAAUCCCACUAAAAUGUUCAACCAAGAAGUGUGUGCUGGCACUAGAUAAAGAGCUCAUUGACUUUGGCACUCAUGUGGUGGGGGAGACAAUUUCACGGACCAUCACCUUGACGAACUGUGGUGCCUUGGGAACGCGCUUCCAGCUUUGCAAAUCAGCUGACGCUCAUCCUGCCCACGCCGCCAUGGUGCCGCACACUCCGACUGAGCCACCUUCCACCAAGACUAUGGUUUGUGUCCCUGUGGUUGAAGCAACCGUCGGCCCCGAGAAGGGAAGCGGCAUUAGUCUGAUGGGCUGCCUUGCCGACAAGGAAACGGUUUCUCUGAAUCGCUCUGAAGAAGUUAUCCAGCACACCGUUCUGCCUGACAGACUGAGGCUAAGCCCAACCUUAAGCAAUAUUGAGCACUUUGGUCGAAUAGCUUCCGGGAUGGAUACUGCUGAAAUAAUUCCGCAAAGCUGUCUGGACGCAACACCUGUGGAACACCCUCUUUCUAUGGAAGAAGUCACUGAGAUUAGGUUGGGCAAGGUCACCGAAGGUGAGAUCGGACCCUUCAGCUCCAUCAAACUUCAGAUUAUUUUCACCCCAGCCAUUCCUGGGGAUGCUCAGGCUGAUUUUGAGAUUACCUUUGACAACCCAGACUGCAAACCAUUGCGCUUUAGCGCCAUUGCUGUUUCUGUGGCCGUGCCUGUAUGGGUGCCGAAUUCAGACGUCGACCUCAAAAUCUGCAUGUACGACAGGCUUUACCAGGACUGCAUCAUCGUUCAGAGCAGAGCAUCAAUUGCCCUGCGCUUGAAGUUUGAUGUUUGCAAGGAACUCGCCAACCACAUGGAGCUGCUUCCAAAGACGGGCUACAUCCAAGCACAUUCAUUGUUUAGCGUGCAGCUGAAGUUUCUGCCAAGGCUCUCUCUCCCGGAAGAUGCAAAGAAGUACUUUGAUGAAAAAACAGGAGUUCUGGAAGUCCCAAUGACAAUAAUUGUUUCAGAUCAGAGCAAGCCAGUUGAAUUUACCGUCCAUGCCAUCGUCACCCCCUCGGAUUUGGAGAUCAGCCCAACCGAGGUGGACUUUGGAUUCUGUUCUAUCUAUGAAGCUGUCCAAACAACAAUCGUGCUAACAAACAAAGGCAUCCUUCCCCAAGAAUUUGGGUUUGUGGGUCUCCCUGAGUUUGUAGAAAUUCAGCCCAAUGAUGGAUUUGGAAUACUGCUCCCUCUUGAAAGCUUGAACCUGGACAUCAUCUUCAAAGCCAAGCAAGCAAAGGAAUACAGUUUUGACCUGACUUGCAAGACGGAAAUCAACAGAAAAUUCAAGCUGUCGUGCAAGGCGGUUGGAGUCUACCCUCCUCUUGAGCUAUUUCAUUCCUUGGUUCAGUUUUCCGCCACCGCUCUCAAUGAUGUGUCGACGGCGCAUCUUUUUGUGAUCAAUUCUCUCGCCAGCCUCAAUCAGUUCACUCGCAGUGUCCCAAGAACUGGCAAGAAGGAAAUGGCCCCCGUGGGGCCAACUUCCUUCCAGUUCCUCGUUCCAGAAGACUCUCCCAUCACCAUCAUGCCGUGUGUCGGAACUGUCUUGCCUGGGAAGAAAUGCUUGCUGGAAGUCUCCUUCCGCCCAGUCCUGGGCGAUCAGCUGAUCAGAAUGGAGGCCAUUCACCUGCUGUGCCAGGCUGCCGAAGCGAAGGCACAAAUGGAGAGGAAGGCCCGGGAGUUGGAACUGCAGAGAAGGAAAGAGGAAGCCAUGAUGGGACGGAAAGAUGGGAAGAAGCAGUCAAGCAUCUCGUUCCUCAGUCAAGCCUCCAAGGACAAGAACUCCCCUCGGCCAUUUGAACCGCCCAGCCCGGAAGACAUAUGCCCGGAUUCCGAAGAGUAUAUCGCCGCUCAUUUAUCUCUGGUCCGAAACUUCGCCAACCGCUUUGACCGAUACGUUAUCCCUUGCCUGGUGGCAAGUGGUGACAUAGAUGAAAAGAGAGGGGCUGAAGAUCUACAGUACAGCCCUCACUAUACCUUGUACCUAGAGCUGCACUGUCCCGCUGUCGCUCCCGCUGUAGUGGUGAUGUCAAAUAACGGGAAAACUCUCUUCACCUUCGGGGAUGUUGCAGUCGGGCACAAAAUUAAGAAAGAAGUCAAGAUACAGAACAUAUCCCAAGAACCUCUGAUUCUAGGGUAUUCCUUCCUGAACCCCUUUGGACCCUUCAUGUUGGCAAAUCCCAUCAGCACACUUGGGGAAGGAGAAUCUCGUGAACUCGUCAUCUCGUUCUGUCCAGAGGAGAGCAAACCGUUCUUUGAAACGCUGGAAAUCCGAAGUGGGAAAGCAACCCUAACACUUACCCUGACGGGGCAGGGAGUUGUCCCCUCCAUCGCUUGUUCAGUGGAAGGAGAUGUGUUCAACAUGGGAUACAUUGUCGCCAAGGAAACAGCCACUUCCACCUUCAAGAUAGAGAACACUUCGACUCUACCCCUGAAAUACUCGAUCUUCCUCGAAUCUCUCUCGCCAAAUAGAGACAGAGAGCACCAGAAACUUCCCCCUUUCCUUGCAUCUCCAGAGAUAACAGACUUAGUUGGUACACAAAACUACAGUGGCUUGAGUGUGUUCAGCGUCUCCCCUGUGGAAGGGACCAUCUGUUUCGGGAAGUGUCAGGAAUUCACCGUCACCUUCAGCCCUGAUCACGAGAGCCUAUUUUAUUCUGACUGCAUCCAGGUGGUGAUCUUCGGCAAGGAAGUCAUCCGUGUGAUCCAGCUGAAAGGGGCAGCGAGGAACCACAUGAUGUUUGUGGAAGGAGGCGACCCACUGGAUGUGCCCAUCGAGUCAUUGGCCAUAACGACAUCUGUGGCUGAAGAAGCGGCCAAAUCAGAAAGCGACAGGGCUACCAACUCCAUUCUUCUGAACCUGGAGUGUGUUCAGUCGGAGACCUUUGUUAUCCCAGCCAUACGGGAGCUGAAAGUCGGAGGGAUACGCACUGCCCAGUUUGCCUCAAAGAAGAAUGUUGAAUACAGCUGGGAGAACAUGCAACUUCUGCAGCUAAAAGGAUUCACUAUCGACCCUGUGAAAGGCACUGUUGAGCGCGGGCAAACCAAAUCCAUCAGUGUUUCUUGGGUGCCCCCUGCUGGAUCAAACCCCAAUCAGCCGGUGACGGGAUCAGCCAUACUGACUGUGAAAGGUGAUGUUAAGGAAGUGUACAGCGUCUACUUCAUGGGCAGGAUUGUGGCCAAGUGAACUGUGACCAAGCUGAGACUCCACCCUCUCUUUGGGAGAGUGAGGUCGUUCCCGUGAAUCUUCCAGAGCAUCCAGAAUUGAAGUCAAAGAUAACAGACACUAAAUGAAAAAAAGAAGAUUAUUUUUCGGGGGGGGGGGGACUCACAAAUGUUUUGUGGAAUCUGAAAUUACACAAUCCGGUUUCCUUAGAGCUGCUUAAAGUGGAGGUCCUCAGCAUCCUUCUUCCAAAACUAACUCUCCUGAAACAAGGAAGAUUACUUAGGAGUAAGUGAGCCUUACACCAAUCUCAGCUUUCAGGUGCAUGGCAGUCUUAAGUCCCUUUAAACUCUACCCUUAGGGCCAAACAACAUGUGAUCUGGUACAGCUGUGACUGAAUCACCUGAUUCCUCUCUUUUUUUAAGCUGCAGAGGAAUCCAAUUUCGAUGGGAGCAGGGGGAAUCUAAAUCUCUCCCCCUUUUGAAGCUGUAAAUGACCCUGACAGUUGGAAUAAUACAGGCAUGUCACAGGUACCAGUAUUAUUAAGGACUAAUUGCACUUCUAGUGAGGCCACAUAGAUCUGGAAAGCAAGAUGGGGAAAGGAUCAAACAUCUCCUGCCCCCAAACAGAUGGUUUGAGGGGGGGAAACAACAUUGUCCCUUGGCAUUAUUCAGGAAUGGCAUUCCCAAGUGAUUUUCUGACACCAGAACAAGAAGGAAUAUUGGGGGGGUGUGUGGCAAAUAAGCCGCUACAAGGUAGCAAUUGACACCCUGCAGGCAAAUGUUUAGAAACCCAAACCUGGCAUAUUCUAAGGAACCCAGCCAGCGCGCUGUGAACUUUAAUUUGAGCCAAUGUUGCAACAGGGUAUAGCAUAAAAUUCUCUGAAUACAGAGAUGCUUUCAAGCGACCCGCAUUGUAUCCAGCUGAGUCC